AUGUAUCGAUCAGUUACUAAUUGUUCUAUGGAACGUUAUCAUAACGAAAAAAGCUUAAUUUGUAAAAUUAUCUUAGAAAACAAGGAACAGAUCCCUUCUGAUAAAUUGUUGUGUUGCAAUAAAAAGAAAAAUAGUUGUUCUACAUAUUCAUCUGGUGGUUGCUUUAUACCAAAUGAAAUAGUUCAAUGCCAUAAUCUUACAACACUUGAUGCGUGCAAACGCAAUGAUACGGUUGCUCUUAAAGUUUGUGGUGGUUUGCAAGAUGGUCUUUACUGUUUAACGACGGGUGGAGCGGUAGAAAAUCCACAAUAUACCAAACUUCAUUUUCCUGAAGCAAUAGAAUGGAUGGUGAGUCGAAAUAAGCUCAAAGAAUCUAAUGAGGUGUCUGUUUGUUAUGAUCAAGUUAAAGGCCAUCAAUUAUGUAAUUCUAUUGGAAAUCCUACUGCAAAUUUUACAUGCAGUGAUUUAUUUCAAGAAGGGUGUAAUCAAUGUACUUGGAAAAGCAGUAUGGGUAACAAUGUUAUUAGGUAUAUAAAAGCAGAAUUAUGUGAACCUACGGUAAAUCAAAUGCCUACAAUAAUUGGAUUAGGCACAAGUGUUGGAGUUCUAGCAUUAAUUCUGAUUUCGAUUUUUGUUUUUGCUGCGGUGUUUUACAAGAGGCUUAGAACUGAUGGGCCGAUGUAUAAUGCUAACGAUGUUCUUUUAAAUUAUAUCUUAGAACAAGCCAGAAGCAUUUGUAAUAGACUUGCAUCAGAAAAAUUGAGAUAA